CGAACUUGCCUGCAAUGCAUCGUAUCCCCUUUUUCUCAGCUCAGCUCUGCAAGCUCAACUUGACAUCGAGGAGCCGACGACUUCUAUUUCUCCGCCUUUCUUUACUGUGUUUCCUUCAGUUUUGGGAGGACGCAGUCUGUUGGGUGCGAAAUCUGCCACUGGUAGCUUUUGCUCGCAACGGCUUUUACCGUUUUGAAUUACUUCGACACGCUCGUUUGACCCGUUUUAAUAUUCGCAUCACCGAAUAUCAUACGCGCCCGCGCGACCCCUGAGCACGGCUACAUCACAGGUUGUCCCGUCUUGCGCAGGUAGACAAGGGCGAACAAUAACAACAUGGCCUCUGGAUACGACAGGGCCGCUGUCGUCUCCGGCGCCGAUCUGGGCGACGCGGCCAGGCGACGCAAUGUUCCGGGCACGCCGCAACAGGUCCUCGUCCCCCAGCAGCAAGCCGAUGACAAGAAGAGGGCGCCAAAGCAACUGUCCGUUCUCCAAUUCCUCGACCAGUGGGAAUGGGUCAUUGCCCCGAUCGUCUUCACCGCUCUCGCCUUCUUCACCCGUCUCUACAAGAUUGGCCUCUCCCCAAUUGUGACAUGGGACGAAGCUCACUUUGGAAAGUUCGGCAGCCACUACCUGAAGCGCGAAUUCUACUUCGACGUGCAUCCCCCCGCCGGAAAGCUCCUCGUCGGCCUCAGCGGCUAUCUCGCCGGGUACAAUGGUUCCUUCGAGUUUAAGUCAGGCGAGACCUACCCGCCCGAGCUGAACUACACCUUCAUGCGCCAGUUCAACGCCUUCUGGGGCGCCGUCUGCGUGCCAAUGGCUUACUGGACCGCCAAGGAGCUCAAGCUGCGCCGCGCCGCCGUCUGGCUUGUCACUCUGAUGGUCCUCUGCGAGAACUCGUAUACCACCAUCAGCCGUUUCAUUCUCCUCGAUUCAAUGCUCCUAUUUGGCACCGUCGCCACCACCCUCUGCUGGGCCAAGUUCCACAACCAGCGCAGGAACAGCUUCGAGCCGGAGUGGUUCUUCUGGCUGUUCAUGACUGGCCUGAGCAUCGGUUUUGUCACUAGCGUCAAGCUGGUGGGCCUCUUCGUCACGGCUCUUGUCGGCCUGUACACCAUUGAGGAUCUGUGGAACAAGUUCGGCGACACCAAGAUGCCCAUACCCGUACUGGGUGCGCACGUCGCCGCCCGCGUUGUUGGCCUCAUCAUCCUGCCCUUCCUCGUCUAUCUGCUGAGCUUUGCCAUCCAUUUCGCCGUGCUCACCAACAGCGGCCCUGGCGACGCCCAGAUGUCUUCGCUCUUCCAGGCCAAUCUUCGCGGCACUGAGGUCGGCAGGGACAGCCCCUUGGAGGUUGCCUACGGCUCAAUGGUCACCAUUAAGAACAUGGGUUACGGCGGCGGUCUGCUCCACUCCCACGUCCAGACGUAUCCUGAGGGCUCCACCCAGCAGCAAGUGACGUGCUACCACCACAAGGAUGCCAACAACAACUGGUUCUUCUAUCCCAACCGCCGCGACGCCCCCUAUGACCCUGCGGCCGACCCUCGCUUCAUCGCCGACGGCGAGACUAUCCGUUUGCUUCACUCGCAGACCGGCCGAAACCUGCACUCGCACCAGAUCGCUGCUCCCAUCUCCAAGUCUCACUGGGAGGUUUCGUGUUACGGCAACGCGACCAUCGGCGAUGAAAAGGACCACUGGAAGGUUGAAGUUGUCAGCGACGUCGCCUCGCGCGACAGGAGCAGGAUCCGUACUCUCACCACCGCUUUCCGCCUGAAGCACGAGGUUCUGGGCUGCUAUCUCCGCGCUGGCAACGUCAACCUGCCUCAGUGGGGCUUCAAGCAGAUCGAGGUCACCUGUACUAAGGAGAACAACCCACGCGAUACCUACACCCAUUGGAACAUUGAGGCCCACGUCAACGAGAAGCUGCCUCCUGGUGACCCUGGCCAGUACAAAUCUCCCUUCCUGAAGGACUUUAUCCACCUGAACGUCGCCAUGAUGACCUCCAACAACGCCCUCGUCCCCGACCCUGACAAGCAAGACGACCUGGCCUCGCAGUGGUGGCAGUGGCCCAUCCUGCACGUCGGCCUGCGCAUGUGCAGCUGGGACGACAAGAUCGUCAAGUACUUUUUGCUCGGCAACCCCGUGGUCUACUGGGGCUCAACCGCCGCCCUCGGCGUCUUCGCCUUGCUCGUCGUGUGGUACACGCUCCGCUGGCAGCGCGGCUACCGCGAGCUGUCGCAGCCCGAGAUUGACCAGAUCCACUACGCCGGCUUGUACCCCGUCGCCGGCUGGUUCCUGCACUACCUGCCCUUCGUCAUCAUGGCCCGCGUUACGUACGUGCACCACUACUACCCGGCGCUGUACUUUGCUAUCCUGACGUUCGGCUUCCUGGCCGACUGGUUCCUCCGCAACCAGAAGACGGCUGUGCAGUGGGGUGUGUAUGCGGUGCUCUACGCCACUGUCAUCGGGCUGUAUAUCUAUUUCAUGCCCAUCUGCUGGGGCAUGACGGGGCCGAAUAAGAAGUACAGCUACAUGAAGUGGUUUGACACGUGGAGAAUGUCGGAUGCGUGAGGAGAGGAUGAAGAAGUGUGGCUGGAGGAUAAGAGGGUCGAUCUAAUCUCAUCCGUCGUGUACGAUGAUAUCAAAGUUGUCUGAGUGAGAUGGGAAGGAGGGGAGGCUCGCCCUGGAAUUGAACCGGCCAUGCAUGGUCCAUGCCAUCUCUGCUCUGAAUGGUGUUUUCUUAGAUCUAGUGCCGGUCUGGGCUUUAUUUGGUUCCAUUGGGAGGCGUGCGAGCAAACAAAAUAAAGCAUAAAGGAAGGAAAUGGGAAUCGAAGGUAAAAGGGAGAUGUGGCGAAAGCUAUGCUGAGUGCUCUGAGGGAGAACGGGAGUCAACCUAGCUAGCUACUCCCUAGACUCUAUAAUUUCCAAGCGAAGGUCUCUUUUGUUAGACGGG